AUGUCGUCAGACAAGAUCACUCGUAUCGCCAUCGUCGAUUCUAACCGGUGCAAACCCAAGCGAUGUGCAUUAGAGUGCAAGAAAUCAUGCCCCGUUGUUAAAAUGGGCAAACUUUGCAUUGAAGUCAAGUCAACCGAUAAGAUCUCCUUCAUCUCUGAAUUCCUCUGUAUUGGUUGUGGUAUUUGCGUGAAGAAAUGUCCAUUUGAAGCCAUCGCAAUUAUCAACCUGCCCACAAAUCUAGAGUCAGAGGUGACACAUCGGUAUACUGCCAACUCCUUCAAACUCCAUCGUCUUCCUACACCACGACCGGGACAGGUAUUAGGGUUGGUCGGGACGAACGGUAUCGGAAAGAGUACAGCACUGAAAAUCCUUGCUGGAAAGUUGAAGCCAAAUCUUGGCAGAUACGAUGACCCUCCCGACUGGCAAGAGAUCCUCAAAUACUUCCGAGGAUCCGAACUCCAGAACUACUUCACCAAGGUUCUCGAGGACAAUCUCAAGGCCCUGAUUAAGCCUCAAUACGUCGAUCAUAUUCCCAAAGCCAUCAAGGGUAGCCUAACCGUUUCGCAAAUGCUCGACUCAAAGCUGGAGCGGGACAACAAACAGGAGAUGUGCGACGAACUUGAAUUGAAUCACGUUUUAGAUCGUGACAUCGCUCAUCUUUCUGGAGGAGAGCUCCAGCGAUUUGCUAUCGCCAUGUCAUGCAUCCAAAAGGCUGACGUUUAUAUGUUCGACGAACCUUCCAGUUACCUGGAUAUCAAGCAGCGACUCAAGGCUGCCGAAGUCAUUCGAUCUCUGUUGACCCCCGAUUGCUAUGUUGUAGCUGUAGAGCACGAUUUGUCCGUGCUUGACUACCUGUCCGAUUUCAUUUGCUGCUUGUACGGCAAGCCCUCCAUGUAUGGCGUCGUCACGAUGCCUUCCUCUGUUCGAGAAGGUAUCAACAUCUUCUUGGACGGUUUUAUCCCCACGGAGAACUUGCGUUUCCGUGAAGAAUCUUUGUCCUUUAAAAUGGUCGAGAACGCUGAAGAACUUGUUGUCGACAAGACCCGCCAUUAUUCUUACCCUUCCAUGACCAAGACCCUCGGAAAUUUCAAGCUGACCGUCGAGGCCGGCUCUUUCACCGACUCUGAGAUUAUUGUCAUGUUGGGAGAGAACGGAACGGGAAAGACGACUUUUGUCCGCCUGCUUGCCGGUGACACCCCCGAUGAGGAAACCGAUAAACAAUCGCUAGCUGUCAGUUUAAAGCCUCAGACAAUCUCCCCCAAGUUCCCCGGCACCGUCCGCAUGCUACUGCUCAAGCAGAUCAAAAAUGCUUUCAUGCACCCCCAGUUCCAAACGGACGUUCUUAAGCCCAUGAAUUUGGAGAACAUCAUGGAUCAGGAGGUCAAGACACUUUCCGGAGGAGAGUUGCAAAGGGUCGCUAUCGUUCUUGCUCUCGGCAAACCCAACGUCUCGGUCUAUCUUUUGGACGAACCUAGCUCUUUCCUUGAUUCCGAACAGCGUAUCAUUGCUAGCAAGGUUAUCAAACGAUUCAUUCUGCACGCGAAGAAGACUGCCUUUGUCAUUGAGCACGAUUUCAUCAUGGCCACCUACCUCGCCGAUCGUGUCAUUGUCUUCGAGGGUCAGCCUGCGCGCGCUGCCACUGCCACACCUCCCCAAUCGCUGUUGUCGGGUAUGAACCGCUUCCUUGCUUCGCUCGAAAUCACCUUCCGUCGCGAUCCCACCAACUUCCGCCCGCGUGUUAACAAGCGGGACAGUGUCAAGGAUCGCGAGCAGAAAGCCGCUGGCAACUAUUUCUUCCUCGAGGAAUAA